AUGCGACCUCGUCUGAAUCAGCACCUGGGUAGGGACCUACCUGCCUACCCACCUCCCACCUCCUGGGUAGGUCGCUCUUUGCAUGGACGAUGCAAAGUCCCCUCCCCUGUUGUGACGUCGAAUCAAGCCCACUUCAAGGUGGGCAAAGACGAGAUUGGCGCCGAUUCAUUUUUAUUCCGACCCAUGCCCAUCGGCCUCAAUCCACCCAAUAUUUCUCACAGAACCAUUCUGGUGCGAUGGUUCUGUACGAUGAAUUAUUCCAUGGAGAAAAUGGCACGCGGUCGCCAUCAUCCCGGCCAUGGCAUCCCAUUUUGCGCAAGGCGCGUACCUCAUCUCCUCAUCUUCGACGACGACAGGCGCGCAAGCUACAUGAUAUGUUUGGCCAUUUCUGCCUCCGCACCUCUUCGCCCUUUGGCCGUGUUUGCUCCUCUCAACUUGGGGAAGCGAAGCCAGCACGGCAAGCUCCUGUCCCGACACUCUGAGGGUGUCCGUCCGAACCUUGCGCCGUGGAAAUACGACCUUGCUUGUUUCUCAAACCCGGGAUUUCACGUAUCAUGGAUCUCUUGCUUCUGA